CCAUUUCCAACUUGGGGUCCCAGGGCUGUAUCCAGGCUGGGAUUUAACUUAAGUCUCCAUCUGGGCCCCAGAGUGCUCCAGUUGUUUCGGACCUCACUGUACCCGCUAUGCGGGUGCUCUGGCUACACCCCAGCUCGGAACUCCCCGUCCUUCUCUCCUCCAGCUCUUCUUAUCCUUAUAGGCCCUAUGUUGCCCCUUCCCUGGCUGGCCUGCACCCUGUCCUGCAGCCCUGUGCUCCCAGGAACCUCCCUUGUCCUCCCACCCCUCCCUAAGGUACAGCCCCCUCUCUACUGGCUUCUCUCUGUCUUGAGUUGCAAGCUUCUCCCUGCACUUGAGGUUCUCACCCCAUCUUAUUCCUCUCCUGGCUGCCUGAGAUCUGGGCCAACCGCCAGGCCAGGGUGCUGGCUGUGCAAGGGAUUUGCUCUUCUCCAAGUAGCUGGCCUUCCUGGAAAUUUUUGUGAGGUGGCAGCAGCAGGAUUUGUCAUGCGGAGGGGGAAGGAUGAGACUCGGAGGGCAAAAGGGGAAUUUUUUUUUCAGGAAGAGGAAAGGAUGUUUUUGGUGCGUCGGAGUUUCAGUAGGCUGGGUUGUGUGAGAGAUUUCCAAACCGGACAUAGCCGUAAUGAAUGGGCUGCCCCCUGGCUCUCUGAACCUGCAGCUGCUUCACCCCAGCAAGCUCCCUGGUGUCUCUGGGCCUCAGUUUCCUUUUCUGUAAAUUGGAAGUAAUCACACCUGCUUCUGUGGACGCGGGAGUGUGGCGUGGGGUGGUGAAUACGAAAGAGCUCUGAGGUGUUCACUCAGCAUAGCGCCUGGCGGAGAGCCGGUGCUCACCAGGGGACACUGGCUGCACACAUCUCGCUUUUGUUUCCAUUCUUCUUGCUGGAAAGGCCUCCACUGCUGGAACUGCAGCCACAGAGUGAGCAGGAGGAAGCAUCUAGCAGCGGGCACCUAGUGGGCCCCUCAUCGGGGAUCAGCCGCUCUUCUGCUCUGGAGGGCGCAGGCCAGUGGGAGCCCUGUGGGGGCUUGGGGAGGGCACGGGCUCUUCCUGGCCCCUGCUGCUGGCUGCUGUGGUGGCUGGAGCCGGGUGGGCAGGAUAAUUAUGCCUUACAUAAGUGGGAGGCCGGAUCCCUGACCAUUGCCCAACCACUGUGAGUAACUCAGGAGGCACUUGAGGGGGGAGGUGUCUGGGGAGGGACUUGCACUGCCCAGACCUCGUGGAGCUUGGGAACCAGGAAAUCAGACACUUCUCCACUCUGGAGAGCCUGGGGAAGGGUAGGAAGCCCUGUUUGUUUUGGAGGCUUUUUAGCUCUCCAGGCAGAGAAUGCCUCAUCAAAAUAAAAGUUCCAGUUGCAGAGUUGUGAAGGGAGAGGGGUCAUAGAUGUGGUGAGAACGCUGUGAGAGGGCCAAGAUGAACUUCUAGAUAGGGACCCAGGUCGCAGAUGAAGUUGAGGGAGCUGAGUGGAGGGUCAGGGACCUCCCUCAGGCCCAGGGACCCUGUAGUCUCUUUGGGAUCUGGGGAAGGAUGUGGUGACAGAGCCGCAAUGCCCUUCACCAAAAACCCUAUGAGCUUCUUCUUUUUUUCCAUGUGCCAUGCAUUUUCUCAUUUAUUCCUCAUAGCCCCAUUUACAGAUAAGGAAACUGAGGCGUUAAGUGCCUUGCCUGAGGCCACACAGCUGUGACAGGCGGAGCUAGGGUUCCCCCUAGGACUGCGUCCCCACAGUGGCCUUCCCCGUGCUCCCUUAUGUGCCCCUCCCAUGGUGGAUGCCUGAGCUGAGCUGGUGGGGUGCCCCUACCCCUGGCCUUGCUCAGAGCAUGUGCAGUGGGCCUGUCCUCAUGGCCAUGUCAGACCUAGAGGACAGACUGAGGCAGAGGUGCUGCUGCUCUUGUGCACAGUGCUUUACACUGGGCCUGUUGCAUACCCGCUGCAAAAUCCCACUCAUUUGACAGAUGCAGAACUGAGCUUGGAUGGAGUAGCCGGACUGCUCCCACAGGUGGAGAUCCUCACCCCGUGCCUGCCCCAUCCUGGGCACUGGGCCUCCCAGCACUGAGCCCUUCUCCACCUUCUCAAAGGAAUUUGAACAAAGCAGGGAGUGGCUGGCACUUGACCUUACUGAAGCUUUACCUUUGAGCUUCCUGCCUUGCAGCAGGUACCCUGCCCUAUCCUUCCUGCCAUGGGCCUGGGGAGUUUUCCGUGAGCGUGUGAGGCCCUCAGGCCCACAGCUCUGCUGGUUUUCCCCUGGCCUUCUUGCCCACAUGGCCGUCUCUGGCUGGGAUCAGAGGCCAAGUGGCCGGCGCUGGGGCCAGUGGGUGGGGGCAUGUGUGCAAGCCACAUUUGUCCUUGGAGGGUACCAUGUGUGUCCUGUUGUCAUUCAGAACGUGGGUUCUGCCCCUUCUGCCCUAAGAGUGCCACCUGUGGGGGCACUUCAUGGCUAAUCUUCACACAGCUUGGACUGUGGCUGUAGGAAUCCUGACUGCCCAAUGGGGUCACUGAGGUUUCAUGGAGCACUGUUGUAUCCUAGCCCUGCCUAUUGUGGCCAUCCCCCAUCCCCCGGCUGUCGGAAAGACUGGAGGUGGCACCUCGGGGACUUCCCCCACCCCUCUUGUGACGCACAGGAAACUCUCUGUCAGCCAACCCAUGGCCCAGGGCCCAAAGGGAGCAAAGUUCUCAGUUGGCCUGUGUGAGGAGAAGGCCGGGGCAGCGGAGGCUUCCGGCGACAGGUGGAUGCAGAGGCCAGGCCAUAUACCCCCAGGACUGUGAGGAGCGUGGUCCCCACCCAUCCAGCCCAUAUGUGCAAGUGCCCUUGACAGAGAGGCUGGUCAUAUCCAUGGUGACCAUUUAUGGGCCACAACAGGUCCCCAUCUACGCAGUGAACCCUGUGCUGAGCGCCUUGCAGACGUGGUUUUGCUUCGUCCUGCAGCACCGUGCGGGGCAGGAAAAUCCAAGAGGAAGAAGGAGCUACGGAUAUCCUGCAUGUCCAAGCCACCCGCGCCUAACCCCACACCCCCCCGGAACCUGGACUCCCGGACCUUCAUCACCAUUGGAGACAGAAACUUUGAGGUGGAGGCUGAUGACUUGGUGACCAUCUCGGAACUGGGCCGUGGAGCCUAUGGGGUGGUGGAGAAGGUGCGGCACGCCCAGAGCGGCACCAUCAUGGCCGUGAAGCGGAUCCGAGCCACUGUGAACUCACAGGAGCAGAAGCGGCUGCUCAUGGACCUGGACAUCAACAUGCGCACGGUCGACUGCUUCUACACUGUCACCUUCUACGGGGCACUGUUCAGAGAGGGAGAUGUGUGGAUCUGCAUGGAGCUCAUGGACACAUCCCUGGACAAGUUCUACCGGAAGGUGCUGGAUAAAAACAUGACAAUUCCAGAGGACAUCCUCGGGGAGAUUGCUGUGUCUAUCGUGCGGGCUCUGGAGCAUCUGCACAGCAAGCUGUCGGUGAUCCACAGAGAUGUGAAGCCCUCCAAUGUCCUUAUCAACAAGGAGGGCCAUGUGAAGAUGUGUGACUUCGGCAUCAGUGGUUACUUGGUGGACUCUGUGGCCAAGACGAUGGAUGCCGGCUGCAAGCCCUACAUGGCCCCUGAGAGGAUCAACCCGGAGCUGAACCAGAAGGGCUACAAUGUCAAGUCCGACGUCUGGAGCCUGGGCAUUACCAUGCCUGAGGAAGAACCCCGCAGAGCGUAUGAGCUACCUGGAGCUGAUGGAGCACCCCUUCUUCACCUUGCACAAAACCAAGAAGACAGACAUCGCUGCCUUCGUGAAGGAGAUCCUGGGCGAAGACUCAUAGGGGCUGGGCCUCGGACCCCACUCCGGCCCUCCAGAGCCCCACAGCCCCACAGCCCCAUCUGCGGGGGCAGUGCUCACCCACACCAUAAGCUACUGCCAUCCUGGCCCAGGGCACCUGGGAGGAACCGAGGGGCCUGCUCCCACCUGACUCUGCAGCGAGCCAUUUGUCCCAAGUGCCAAAGAAGCAGACCAUCGGGGCUGCCAGCCAGGCCCUUGUCGGCCCCACCAGUGCCUCUCCCUGCUGCUCCAAGGACCCGUCUCCAGCUGCUGAGAUCCUGGACUGAGGGGGCCUGGAUGCCCCCUGUGGAUGCUGCUGCCCCUUGCACAGCAGGCCGCUGGUGCCUGGGUGGAUGGGCCACUGCCUUGCCCAGCCUGGAUGCCACCCAAGUUGUAUAUUUUUUUAAUCUCUUGACUGAAUGGACUUUGCACACUUUGGCCCAGGGUGGCCACACCUCUAUCCCGGCUUUGGUGCGGGGUACACAAGAGGGGAUGAGCUGUGUGAAUCCCCCAAGACUCCCAUGAGGGAGAUGCCGUGAGCCGCCCAAGGCCUUCCGCUGGCACUGGCGAACGGGGCCUCUGCGGGGCACACUGGGUCACCCAGUCCUGCCUGCCACCCUAAUCGGUGUCAUUCACCUUUUCGUUUUUUUUUUUUAAUUUAUCCUCUGUUGAUUUUUUCUUUUGCUUUAUGGGUUUGGCUUGUUUUUCUUGCAUGGUUUGGAUCUGAUCGCUUCUCCCCCACCCCCUAGGGUAUCAGCCUCGCCCUCUGCUCAGGCUGGGGUCCAGUGGGAGGGGCCCAAGAUCUCUGCUCAGAGAAGUGCAGGGGGAGCCUUCCCGCCCACUCUCCCUGAGGACUGGCUCAACGGGGGCUAUGGGUUUGCUUUGGUGUUGUUUUUAAAAAAAGAAAAUAUAUUUUUUUGAAAAAACGACUGCCCAUCCUAGGUCCUUUCCCUGAUGGGUUGGGGCAGUUACCUGGUUGCUGUUUUAAUUAAAAAAAAAAAAAAAAAGG